UGUGUUACAAAAAAUGAUUUUUUAAAAUCACUAAAAUGUAGUCAAAUUACAUAUAAGGUUCCAACCCCACGUAUUAUUUGCUGGGUGCAGCUGGAGAAAGGGGAUAAGCUUAGAGAUGCCAACGCGCACCGUCGGCAGGAAUACGCAACUUUCUGCUCACCUUAUGUAUAGCACGCAAUAGGACAAAAUAAAAAAACGCCUUUAAAAAUUACAAAAUAAAAAUCUAUUUUAAAUGUUUCACCUAAAACUAAAAUGUUUAAAACAUUCAUUAAUUAAAAGAAAAUUAAAAUAAAAUGUAAAACGUAUAUAUCCACAGUAAAAUAGAUUAAGUAUUGUACUGUUGGCCGACGGCUAUCAGCUGUUAGCAGACGUACAUACAUUCGAUCAAGACGAAACUUUGAUCUGUGCAUCGUUGCUCCGAAAAUGCGUAACAGAACGUGUUGUGUUGUUAAUUGUAAAAAUACUGAUAAGAAUAAUCCUGAUUUGAAGUUUUAUUCAUUUCCUCGUGCGCAGUACAAGAGAGAGCAACGUAAAUUACGGAUAAAUGCAGUGAAAAGGCAAAACCCUGAUGGAUCUAAGUGGGAGCCAACGGACAACCCUAAAAUCUGUAGCGCACAUUUUAUUGGAAAUGCCAAAUCUAACAAUCAAUAUUCCCCAAGUUAUUAUCCAACUAGAUUUCCGGAUAUUUAUAAAAAAUCAAAGUCUUGUGAAGAAGGGAAAGUAGGAAGGUUUGAAAGAUUCAUGAGGCGACGUUCAGAAAGUAAGAAGAAUCUGGUUAACAAGGAAAGUAAUGAUUCAAUUAAUUCCACAAUUCUAACAAAUACAUGUUCAAGUGCCAUUCAAACAGAUGAUUUGGAGCAUAAUAUGGAUACGUAUUAUGAAGAAUCCUCAACAGAAUCAGAAGUACAGAUGAAUGAAAAAACAUUUUGUUCUCAAGAAUGUCAAGUGGAUUUUUUUUCGACACCAAAUGAUAACAGCAAAACGUUAAUAUGUAAUAGGUAUGUAAAUAACAAUGUGUGUGAUGCAGAAACUUACACUGAAAUUAUAAUAGAAUUAAAACAUAGUUAAUCGCUUAGUCGUUUCUGUGAACAAAAAAAAGGUUAGUAAUAAAAGUUGUGGCCCAAGUACGUCAUAUACUGAUAAACGUGUUGAGUGUAAUCUUGAAGUAGUUCACAAUACAAGAGGUUUUUUUGGCAUAGAAUCAGUAAAAAAUGACGAUGAAUUAACAGAUCUAGGUGGAGUAACGUUCAAAAUAUUUAAUUUAUUCGCCAACAAACUUGUUACCCCUGCAGACAAAUGUAAUAUGUCUAACGAAAAUAGAUUAUUAAUAUUUUUUAUUAAGAUAAAUACUGGCCUUUCUUACUCAGCAUUAAGCAUUAUCUUUCGAGUUCACCAGACGACAGUAUCUAGAAUUUUUAUUCGGAUCUUACAGCAUCUAGCUUCUGCUCUCAAAGAUCAAAUAGUAUGGUUCAAUAAAGAUGUAAUUCAAGGCACGAUGCAAGAAUGUUUUAAACCUGAUUAUUCCAAGACUCGAGUAAUCAUUGACUGCACAGAAUUUUCUGUAGAAAUACCAUCUGGAGUUGAUAAACGUAUUUAUAUGUACUCCUACUGCAAAAAAGGAUUUACAGGAAAAAUUCUCAUUGGUUGUGCGUGUUAGUAAAUCUUCAACCUCACAUUAUUGUUGAAAAAGAUGAUAAUGCUUGAUUUUUAAAUUUAUUCUUGUAAGUAUUAAAUCUUUUAUAGGUUCAAAUAAAAUAAUAAUUGCUUUUAUAAGAAAAAGAACUUUUUUAUUCAUUUGCCUUUACAUUGUACAACAUUAACAUUUUGUAUAUUGAUACCAGUAAAAGUACGAGUAGAAAGUAUUGUCUUUAAAUUAUUGUUGUUAACAGUUGCACUUUUUACUUUUUUUAGUUUUUCAUAGAUAACAUUUAAAUAAUCUUCAAAAUAAAAUUUCUCGCAUACGGGCUGUUCGCGUAUUAUACGUCUCCGCAUAAAAUAUGUAUCACCUAGCACGGUUUAGAGUUAAUUAUGGCGCGCCAAAAAAAGAAAGAGCGCAUGCGUAAGCCCUUCUGCGGUCUGAGAUCGAUUAGUGCGCGCGAGAGCGUCAGAUUCGUUUCGGCAUCGAUCGAGAGCAGUGUGAUCCGAAGCCUACCUCUAUUCUCGUGUAGCUUUUGUAUUGUGCCUGUAGUAAUCACUGUAAUUUGAAUUAUAUUUGUUAGUGAAUCACUCGCGUGUGAUUCCUCCCUUAUUUCUAUAAUUCGUGUAAAUAAAGUGCCUGUAAUUCCGUGUGGGCGAGACACAAGCGUGCUGUCAUCGCAUAGCGAAUCUUCGCUAUAGGUCCCGGUCGCGACGACUCGACGAGUCGUCUCAAGUCGAUCACAGAGCGAGGGCUGGACCCGUUCCCGAGACGUCGGGGCCCUGUGACGUGCUGGGCGUUGCCACCCCGGGAUAUCUCCAUCUUCUCGAUCGACAAUCUACCCAGAAGAGAGGGUGGUCCGUCACGUACAGCGCACCGAUAUUUGCGAUUUGCGGCAUUAUUGUAGGGGCUGAUCCCCGAAAUAUUAGGUAAGCGAGCGCUCUGUAAAUAUAAGGAUCGAUUAUCCACUGCCUAAGUUAAAUUAGAUAAUAAGUUUUGACUUUUGUAUUUUAUGCUUACAUAAAUUGAUUAAUUUACUUGAUCAAUAAAUAAUUUCUAUUUCACUAGCUUGCUCAGGCUUUUCCCUCUGUUCCGUGAGGGUUUUUAUGCCUAAGCAAGUUACUGUUUAUAUUUAGUUUAACCGCGAAA